UUGUCUUUCACGUUGUUUUCGUCUCCAACCCACAUGGAUUACUUGAAGCUGUGUUUGUGCGCGUCAAGAAUGGAAUAGACACCAUGACCAUAUCGGAUUCGGAACUCGACAGCAGCAAGGGCAUCGACCUGACAUUCAGGAGGAGAAGGAAGGCAGGUUCCGUCGCCUGCGAAGGAUUUAUCACCACGUACCAUGAAUACUGCAGGAACACUUCCAUACAUGGUGUCCAAUAUCUUGGCGAGCAGGAGCGCCCCUUCCGCGAGCGCAUCUUUUGGCUGUUCGUGUUCCUGAUCUCGAUCUACGGCUGCUCCACGCUGAUUCAAAGUGCCUACACCAAGUGGACCGAAACGCCUGUGAUCGUUAGCUUCGCGGAAAAAUCGACCCCCGUGUGGAACAUCCCGUUUCCGGCGGUCACAGUUUGCUCGGAGACCAAAAGGGUGCUAAAGCAGAAAGGAAAAGAGACCACUUAUGCUGAUCUUUACAGCCAGUUCAGCGAAGAUAUGCGAGCUUCGCGGGUGUUUAGGCCCGAAAACGUUAGUGCCCUUGAGAUGGAGGAGUUCCGCACCCUGCUGCACGUAUGCAACACGCAGAUCAUUGAAGAGGACAUACCCUUGAUAGCCGGCGAUGACUUGGACUACUUUGAUGUUCUGCAGCGGAUGCUGCCCCAGUUUGAUCGGUACUUCUUUUACUGCCGCUGGCUUAGUCGUUUCGGCGAGUGCGAGACCUUCUUCCGAAAGACUCUUACGGAGGAGGGCAUCUGCUAUACGUUCAAUGGGCUGAGAGCCACUGAGAUAUACCGGGACGACACCUAUCAGUAUCAACACAGCGGGGAGCCCCUGGAAAUGGAAAAUAUUAGCUCGCAGCAUACGGCCUGGACUCUGGAAACGGGCUAUGCACUGGACAGCGAUGUGGAGACCUUUCCGGCUCGUGUCUUAAGUGCCGGAGCGCGAUCUGGCAUUUUCUUGGCCCUCCAAAGCUUUAAGCAGGAGGUGGACUACGCCUGUCGAGGACCUGUGCAGGGAUUUAAGGUGGGAAAAUUUGAAAACGUACUGCUUCAUGCGCCCGAUGACGUCCCGCAGGUUUCCAAACAGUUUGUGCGCAUUCCCAUGGGCAAGGAGGUGCUGAUCGCAGUGAAGCCCAACAUGAUCACCAUGUCGUCGGGAAUAGCAGAGUACCAUCCAGUUCGGAGGCAGUGCUUCCUCAGCCACGAGCGGUCGCUGCGUUUUUUUAAGGUGUACACCGAAUCAAAUUGCCAACUGGAGUGCUUGGCCAACUUCACGCUGACCAAGUGCGGAUGCGUUAAGUUCUCGAUGCCCAGAAACGUGGACAUGCCUGUAUGCGGAGAGGACAAGAUCCACUGCUACGAUCGGGCAGAAAGGGAGUUGUUAGUCAGGGAAUUCAAAAGAGUAAAAGCGCUGAACGCUGGCCGAGAAAAUUCGCGGAGCGUGGAAUCUGCCUGUAACUGCAUGCCAGCAUGCACAUCCCUCGUCUACAACACGGAGAUUUCCCAGGCCAACUUUGAUUUGGAAGAAAUGCUAGUGGCUGAGGGCGACACUGAGUUCCUGAAGGAGUAUCCCGGCUCCCAGAUGUCCCGCUUGUCCAUUUACUUCAAGCAGAGUCAGUUCAUCACUUCAAAGCGGUCGGAGCUUUACGGAAUGACCGAGUUUCUGGCGAAUUGCGGUGGCAUUUUCGGUCUAUUCAUGGGGUUCUCCAUCUUGAGUCUUGUGGAAAUGAUCUACCACUUCACGUUGCGGCUCUUUACCAAUCUGAAGCGCCUGGUUAAAGGAUAACCCAUUAGCACUAUUUCGUAAGUGCGAACAAUUCUUAUGGUUCCAAAAAUUGUGGUUUGAACUAGUUAUAUACAUAUUUAUACUAAUGCUUAGUCUAGCAGAAAUUUUUCAAUAUAUGCCAUACUAGGUAAUUUCAAAACAUAGCUGACAUAAAAACCAAGACGGAGUCAGUCUUCCCGAACAUUUUCAACAGUGGCUUCGAUGUCAUAAUGUCAUUAUAUAACUCAGAAUCGGCUGAAUUUAUUGAUUCCAAUCUGUGUCGAGUCUUCCGCAAGGACAUCCUUCAGCUGAAUGUCUUAAACUCUUCAAAUGCGACCCAAUUUUGGAUAUAUAUUUCAUAUAUAUUAUUUAUCAGGCCCAUAUGGACACCAUCUUCCACGUUUAUGCUAUCUUGAAGGUCUAUGAUGCCCGUUAACUUAGCACAUGAAUUCAGAGUAAUCGAUGAUUUUCAUAGCUCAACCACCUUACUAAUGUCUUCAAUGUUUUAAUCAACAUAAUCAACAUUUAGUACACACCGACAGCGGUGUAUUAUCUAUAGUCUAUCUUAUAAUCUAGAGUCUGUUCAGAAUUUCAUUGGGGGUCCUUUACUUUCGAAUAAUUGCCUUGAAACGAAUUGUAACAACCUUAUAGUGGCCUCACAGCUGCACAUUAACAGCAAUGCUUCUUCCGAGGUGUUAGGGUCUUAAAUGAUCGCAAGAAAUACAUAUGUAAAUACAAUAAUUGAAUAAAUAUUACUUAUCAUGUCU